ACGGCGGCCCGCGGCGGGGUCUGCGCACCAGGAGGGGCUCCUCGGGCCGCGGCCGGCGUCGCCCGCGCCUUCCCACGAUCAGAUCCCACACCAUGAGUCGCCGGGUGGUUCGCCAAAGCAAGUUCCGGCAUGUCUUCGGGCAGCCGGUCAAGGCUGACCAGAUGUACGAAGACAUUCGAGUCUCCAAGGUGACCUGGGACAGCUCCUUCUGUGCCGUCAACCCCAAGUUCCUGGCCAUCAUUGUGGAGUCGGGAGGAGGAGGAGCCUUUAUGGUCCUGCCCUUAAGCAAGACGGGCCGCGUGGACAAGAACGUCCCCCUGGUGACCGGGCACACGGCCCCUGUGCUGGAUAUCGACUGGUGCCCCCACAACGACAAUGUCAUCGCCAGCGCAUCCGAGGACACGACCAUCAUGGUUUGGCAGAUCCCAGACUUCCUGCCCAUGCGCAACCUGACAGAGCCUGUGGUCACCCUGGAGGGGCAUUCCAAGCGGGUGGGCAUCCUGACCUGGCACCCCACGGCACGCAACGUCCUACUCAGCGCGGGGGGUGACAACGUGAUUAUCCUCUGGAAUGUGGGCACCGGGGAGGCGCUGAUCACGCUGGAUGACCUGCACACGGACCUCAUCUACAACGUCUGCUGGAACCGCAUCGGGAGCCUGUUUAUCACCACCUGCAAAGACAAGCAUCUGCGCAUCAUUGAUCCCCGCCAGCACCUGGUCGUGGCUGAGACAUUCAGGCCCCACGAAGGGGCGCGUCCCGUCCGGGCCAUCUUCCUGGCCGAUGGCAGAGUCUUCACCACCGGCUUUAGCAAGAUGAGCGAGCGGCAGCUGGCCCUUUGGGACCUGGAGAGGUUUGCGGCCCACGAAGGGAUGCGGCCCAUGCGAGCCAUCUUUACCCGCGAGGGACGGAUCUUCACCACGGGGUUCACCCGCAUGAGUCAGCGGGAGCUGGGACUGUGGGAUCCGAAGAGCUUUGAGGAACCCAUCGCCCUCCAGGAGAUGGACACGAGCAACGGGGUUCUCCUGCCCUUUUACGACCCUGAUUCCAGCAUAGUCUACCUGUGUGGAAAGGGGGACAGCAGCAUCCGGUAUUUUGAGAUCACGGAUGAGGCUCCCUACGUGCAUUACCUGAGCACCUUCAGCAGCAAGGAGCCCCAGCGCGGGAUGGGCUUCAUGCCCAAAAGAGGGCUGGAGGUCAGCAAGUGCGAAAUUGCCAGGUUUUACAAGUUGCAUGAACGGAAAUGCGAGCCCAUUGUUAUGACGGUUCCCCGGAAGUCGGACCUCUUCCAGGACGACUUGUACCCAGACACCCCUGGCCCCGAGCCGGCCCUGGAGGCGGAGGAGUGGCUGUCGGGGAAAGACGCAGAGCCCAUUCUGGUUUCCCUGCGUGACGGCUACGUCCCGGUCAAGAACCGCGAGCUGAAAGUCAGUAAGAAGAACAUCCUAGACAGCAAGCCCCCUCCAGGCUCACGGCGGAGCCUCUCCAGCUGCGACUCCAAUUUUUCUACCUCCACCCUUGAGGACCUCUUGCAAGAAAUCCGCUCCCUGCGCCAGACCAUCGAAGAUCACGAGAAGCGCAUCACUGACCUGGAAAACACGCUCUGCGAACUCGCGGAUGUGACAGACUAGCCUCCCCCUUCGCACCCGGGACCCUCACCCCCGGAGACAAAGCAUCUCCUCCGCCCCCUCGUCUGCUGCUGCUGCAUCUGCGGCUCAGCGGGCAUUCGAAGGGGCCACUCCCCUGCUCCCUGCGUGGCCCUCCCCCUUCUGCCCAGUCUCUGGGCUGCCUUGGCUU